CCGCAUUGGCAAAUGGGACCUCUUGUUUGUGUGCAACGAUUCGCAGUCAGCAGGAAAUAGAUGUCAGGACUUGUUUACAUUUUCGAUUUCGGUUUCGGAUGAAAUGAAACCUUGGUCGUUCAAAUGAAUGUGAUUGGUGGACGUCACCACUUGUCUCAAACAGAUGACCGUAUUAAAACAUCGAGCUGCCAGCUGAAAUUAUUACUUGCGAGAAGCAGACUCGAGAUCAGUGAGGCUCGGGAACGAAAAGUAAAAACAAACAUGUACGUGGUGCUUCUUUGCAUUAAAUUCCUGCUGCAGGCUUGCCUGCACAGAGCAGGCGAGAUCUCACGGUGGACGAUGAAGCUCAUUGCACUGUGCAGAUUUGAGAUCGAUGAUGCGGGGCGAGAACGAGUGAAACUGAGCAGAGGGAAGAGUGGAGGGCGUACAAACAUCCCACUGAGUGUCAAUUACCACUUCACCCGCCAAUGCAACUACAAAUGUGGCUUCUGUUUUCACACCGCCAAGACAUCAUUUGUGUUACCCCUGGAAGAAGCCAAAAGAGGACUGAAGCUACUGAAAGCAGCCGGCAUGGAGAAAAUAAAUUUUUCAGGAGGAGAGCCAUUUGUACACAACAAGGGAGAGUUUUUGGGGAAGAUGGUGCAGUACUGUAAACGGGAGCUCAACCUGCCCAGUGUCAGCAUUGUGAGCAAUGGGAGUCGGAUCACCGAGAAAUGGUUUGAAAGCUACGGUGAGGAUUUGGACAUUUUGGCCGUUUCAUGUGACAGUUUUGAUGAAGACACCAACCGUCUCAUUGGCCGUGGGCAAGGGAAGAUAAAUCACAUUGAGAAUCUCCACAAGGUCCGAAUGUGGUGCAAGGAUUACAAAGUGGCUUUUAAAAUCAACUCUGUCAUUAAUAGAUUCAACAUUGAAGAGGAUAUGAUUGAAGAAAUCAGGAGUCUGGAUCCAGUCAGAUGGAAGGUUUUCCAGUGUUUAUUGAUUGAAGGAGAGAAUGCUGGAGAAGAGGCUCUAAGACAUGCAGAGACAUUUCUUAUCAGCGAUGAAGAUUUUCAGAGGUUCUUGGAUCGACAUAAAGACAUCAAGUGCCUUGUGCCAGAAUCCAACGAGAAGAUGCGAGAUUCCUACCUCAUCCUUGAUGAAUAUAUGCGCUUCCUUGAUUGCACACAAGGCAGAAAAGAUCCAUCCAAAUCCAUCUUAGAUGUAGGCGUCGAGAAUGCUAUUACAUUUAGUGGAUUUGAUGAAAAGAUGUUUUUCAAACGUGGAGGGAAGUACAAAUGGAGUAAAGCAGAUAUGCAGCUCGAAUGGUAACUGCUGAUUGCUGUUUCAAUCUGACACAUAUGAACAGUGUUUAUGCCAGUUAUUUUCUGCAUUCAAUAACCUUUUGUGCACAUAAAAUCCCGACGCAUUUGCAGUAAAGUGAAGAAUGUAUAACAAUGGACCAAAAAGAAGAUCCUAUUUAAAUCGCAGGAUGAACUUUGAAAAUUGUGAUUGAGUUGCAGAUACAGCAGACAAAUUAUUGAAUUGAAAUACUGAAUAUUGAUGCCGGUAAUUUGCAGAGCCUCAGUAGGCCAAAUGCUUUCUGUUUGGAAAAACAUCUUAAACUAGCUAAACACUUCUUAUAAUUUAACAUAAGAUUCUAUGACUAUAAUUUGACAUAAGAUUCUAUGUACCAGCUGCUGUCGUCAGCUUGUCAGUGAGGAUACUGUAGUGAUCGCUGUGGUUCCGGCAGUGAUAUCCUAGAGGAAUGGAUUGCUUUGCUCCUUCCCAUAACCAGCAAUAAUCAAGCCAAAUUGUGUGUUUAUAUGUCUUUGUAUUUCAAAUAAUUAGAGAUGCGCAUGUAAUUUAGGCUCCAGCUACUGUAAGAAAAAACUUGAAAGGUUGUUUUAUUUUUGUCAAAAAUUGCAAAUUUUCACAUUGAUAUAUUUUUUAUAUUUGAGUAAUAGGUUUGACAUUCAACGAGAAUCGUUGCAUUUUUUAUAAUCAUAUCUUGGAAGUUUUAUGUUUUAUACAUUAAAUGUUUAAAAUCAUUCAAAGAAUUGUGCAUGUAUUCAAAUUUCAAUCUGUAGCAAUGCUAGUAUUCCACCAGCAGUUUGCGUUUUGCUUUGGCACCAUUAUAACCAUUGUGAUAUAACUUUAGAGUGCUUGUUCGUUCUGAUUGUCCGUGAAACUACCGUACCAGCCACUGGGCUGAAAGUUGGCAGGACAUACAGCAAAACAAAUCUACAUUUUUAAGCAAACAAAUGAGAAAGACAGUUUGUUUCAAAUCUUGGCAGAAGGAGGAGAUACAGAGGUGAAAAUGUGUGUGUGUGUGUGACACUGCACGCCACACGCCCUUGCAAAUGUGCGUUGAGGGGAUGGGACCCAGCGGGUUCCCCUUGGUCUAGUAUCGUAUAAUAGUUUCAAAUUCAAAAUAAGUAGAUUGAUAGUUUAGUGAACUGAAAUAAAUGAGUCCAAAUAUUUAAAGUGAUCUCAGCAUAACAUUGAGUGAUGUUCCAUAUCCCAUGUUAGUAAGAUUUUACAAAUGUCUAAAUUCUUAUCUCUUCUUUGCAGAUUUCAUAUUUUAGACAGAAUUUACAAGAACUUGUAACUAAUGUAA